UAUACUCUAUAUUUUUAUCGAACAGUAGGAGUCUCCCCAAACGACUCUCUCUCUCUCCCUCUCGCAUUUUCUCAAUUGUAAUUAUGCUAGGGUUUGUUCCAGAUCAAUUCGUUGGCUCUUCUCCAGCUCCCAAAUCAAGAAUGAGAAGAGCGAGAUCUUUGAAUGCUGCUAGUCAAGGGCGGGGUGAGUGGACUAUCAGAAAGACCCUUACUUUGUCCGAUGUUGAUAUUAGUCAUCCAUUCCUUACACUGCCUCGCCAGCCGGUUGAAAACUACAUACUUGUGCAUUUGACACAGCUGGAGAGGGAUCAGUUGAGCAAUAGAGAACAGGUAACUGUUAGUACUCGGGAUGAUGAUACUGGGGAGAAUUAUGUCAUGAAGUUGAAGUGGUGUGGGAGUUACUAUAAUCUUAUUGGAAAAUGGGGAAAGCUUGUUCGAGCUAAGGGACUUGAUGCUGGAAGAGAAAUAAGACUGCGGUGGGUUAAUGGAUGCCUACAUUUCUCAGUUCCGCUGCUGCAGGUUGCUGCGGAAGCACCAGUACAGAUGAUUGCACCACCAAUACUUCGAGAACAUUGGCCUAUUAGAAAAGUAUUAUCGCUGUCUGAUGUAGAUACUAGUCAUUCGUUCCUACCAUUAGCCCGACGAACAGUCGAAGAUCAUAUUCUUAUUCAUUGGACUCAGCAGCAAAGAGAACUUUUAAGAAAUGAAGAACAAGUUGAUGUAAAUGCUCUAGACGUUGAUAGUGGUGACAUGUAUGCGAUGAAAUUAAUAUGGCGUGGAAACUAUUAUAACCUUAUUGGGAAAUGGGGGAAAAUUAUUCGGCGGAAGGGAAUUGGUGUAGGAGAAGAGAUAAGAAUAUGUUGGUGCAAUGGAUGCCUCAACUUUUCAGUUCCCUAUGAACGAAAUGUCCUGCUCCUACCAGGACAGGAACAAUGGCCAAUCAAGAAGGCACUGACGUUAUCCGAUGUAGAUACCAAUCACCCAUUUCUCACUCUGCCUGGAAAAGCAGUUGAAGAUCAUAUUCUAUAUUACUGGACCCUUCAAGCUCGCGAUCAGCUGAGAGUUGAACGUCAGCUCAAUGUUAAUGCUCGUGAUGAUGACACAGGUGAUCUGUAUCUUAUGAAGCUAAAAUGGCGUGGGAGUUAUUAUAACCUUAUUGGCAAAUGGGGCCAGAUUAUUAGAGGGAAGAGGCUUCAGGUCGGAAGGGAGAUAAUGGUCCGGUGGGAUAACGGGUGUCUAGUCUUCUCGGUUCCUGAAUCAUAGCCACACCCAUGUUUCGUGGUGUAUAGGUAGAAGUUUAUGCAUGUACUUUUUGCUUGUGCAACAGAUAAUAUUAUAACUUGAUGAGUAUAUACAUGUGCAUGAAGGAUUUGUACUCAAACAAAAAAUCUCUCUAGUUUUAUGGAUUUAGAUGGGACUGAGUUUAAAACC